GGCUCUGCGUGGGGGCGGGGCGUGUGAGCGGCGCUGCGUGGAGGAGAGGUGAGCGCGCGCUGUUAGUCUGAGAGGAACGCUAAGGUCAGGAGGCGUGUAAACCUGGGGGCGGAGCUUGGAGACAGACAUGGCCGGCUUCCUGGAUAACUUCCGCUGGCCGGAGUGCGAGUGCAUCGACUUGGCAGAGAGGAGGAACACGGUGGCCUCCAUCGUAGCUGGUCUUCUGUUCUUCACAGGGUGGUGGGUUAUAAUCGAUGCCGCCGUGUCCUAUCCCGACCCAAAGGAUCUAAACCAUGCUUUUCACACAUGUGGAGUUUUCUCUACCUUGGCAUUUUUCAUGAUUAAUGCAGUGUCAAACGCUCACAUUCGUGGGGACGUGUUCGAAGACGGCUGCCUCGGAAGGACAGGAGCUCGUCUUUGGCUCUUCAUCGGUUUCCUGAUGAUGUUCUCCUCUCUCAUCGCCUCCAUCUGGAUCUUGUUCGGGGUUUAUGUUGCAAAAGGACUUCCUGUGCAUCCGGGAUUGUGUGUGUUCUUCCAGAACUUGUUCAUAUUUUUCAGCUCUCUCGUCUACAAGUUUGGACGCACUGAGGACUUAUGGGGCUGAGGGGGUGCCACAGCUUCCGGCCAAUCCUGAGGCUUUGACCUUUGACCUAGAUUAUAUUUUAGUAAGAUCACUGAAAUCUCAUGUAGAAUCUUUGAAUUAUUUAGUGUAGUGUUAGAGAUUGUCCAUUUCCCAGAGGACCAUACUGCAUCACGCCUCGGGUGUCCUGCCUGUCCUGCUGUACCUGAUGUGUGUCACGAGGAGUCCGAAAUCCUUUACAUCAGUUUGUGACCAAAUUAUUUGCUUCUGUGUAGUUAAUGAAAUGAAAAUAAUUUGAAUGUUUUAUUUUUUAAAUGUUUUUGUUUUUUUGCUGAACUCUUACUGAAAAUCCAGCCGAUAUAUUUCAUGCAGAGUAACAGCUCUGUUUUAGUCUUCUGUUUUUUAUUUGUAUAACUUGAUGAACUACUGACUCUAACUUGGCAACAGUUAGAUAAUUAAAUGCAUUGGCACGUCUCUUAUCAUCAUCAUGGCAUGCACUGCCAAAAUCUUGAACAUGAAAAUAUCUUGAAUAUAUUUUUAUAUUUCUGAUUAGGUCUUAAGUGUGUAUUAUUGGCCAGUACUUCUAUCUGUAACUAAACCAUUGGUUUUUAUCAAUGUACAUAUUCUAAUACACUGUUUCUAUGGUAACGGCUCGUGUACAAUGACUAGUACAGUGUACUCGCUGCAUACAGUGUGUGAAGCACAAAAUGUAAAAUAAAUAAUAAACUGACUUUUUAAA